AGUCCCGCCCCGGAAGUGCGCGCUGCGCGUGUCGGCUCCCUGCUGUGGUCCCGGAAGUGGCGCGGCGCCGGUUUCUCUGCUUGCAGCACGCGUGCGUCCGCGGCCAUGAAGUUCGCUUACAGGUUUUCCAACCUGCUGGGUACCGUGUAUCGGCGAGGGAACUUGAACUUCACUUGCGAUGGCAACUCAGUCAUCAGCCCUGUGGGAAACAGAGUCACUGUGUUUGACCUGAAGAACAACAAGUCCGACACGCUGCCGCUGGCCACCCGUUACAAUGUCAAGUGCGUGGGGCUGUCCCCGGAUGGUCGCCUGGCCAUCAUCGUUGACGAAGGGGGAAGUGCGCUGCUGGUCAGCCUGGUGGGCCGCUCGGUGCUCCACCACUUCCACUUCAAGGGCUCUGUGCACAGUGUGUGCUUCUCCCCAGACGGCAGGAAGUUUGUUGUCACCAAGGGCAGCAUAGCUCAGAUGUACCAUGCACCCGGGAGGAAGCGAGAGUUCAACGCGUUUGUCCUGGACAAGACCUACUUCGGACCCUACGACGAGACCACGGGCAUCGACUGGAGCGAUGACUCUAAGUGCUUCGCAGUUGGCAGCAAGGACAUGUCCACCUGGGUGUUCGGGGCUGAGCGCUGGGACAACCUCAUUUACUAUGCCCUCGGGGGACACAAGGAUGCCAUCGUGGCCUGCUUCUUUGAGUCCAACAGCCUGGACCUAUACACGGUGAGCCAGGAUGGUGCACUGUGCGUGUGGCACUGUGACACGCCCCCUGAGGGCCUGCGGCUCAAAGCCCCCAGGGGCUGGCAGGCGGACCUGCUGCAGCGGGGGGCGGAGGAGGAGCACCAGGAGGAGGACGAGGAGGGAGAGAGAGGGACCACCAUCCGUGGAAAAACCACACCAACCGAAGAGGAGAAGAAAGGGAAAGUGAAGUACUCCCGGGUCGCCAAGUAUUUCUUCAAUAAAGAGGGUGAUUUUAAUAACCUCACAGCGGCAGCAUACCAUAAGAAGGUUCACCUCUUGGUCACUGGUUUUGCUUCUGGAAUCUUCCAUCUUCAUGAGCUCCCCGAGUUCAACCUCAUCCAUUCCCUGAGCGUCUCCGACCAGAGGAUCUCCUCGGUGGCCAUCAACAGCACAGGCGACUGGAUCGCAUUCGGCUGCUCAGGCCUGGGCCAGCUGCUGGUGUGGGAGUGGCAGAGCGAGUCGUAUGUCCUGAAGCAGCAAGGCCACUUCAACAGCAUGGUGUCGCUGGCCUACUCCCCCGACGGCCAGUACAUCGUCACCGGUGGGGACGAUGGCAAGGUCAAGGUGUGGAACACCCUCAGCGGCUUCUGCUUUGUCACCUUCACGGAGCACUCCAGUGGUGUCACCGGGGUGACCUUCACGGCCACUGGUUAUGUCAUCGUGACCUCGUCCAUGGAUGGCACUGUGCGCGCCUUCGACCUGCACAGGUACCGUAACUUCCGCACAUUGACGUCCCCACGUCCCACCCAGUUCUCUUGUGUGGCUGUGGACUCAAGUGGGGAGAUUGUGUGCGCAGGGGCCCAGGACUCCUUCGAGAUCUUCGUGUGGUCUAUGCAGACAGGCAGGCUCCUGGACGUUUUGUCUGGGCACGAGGGGCCGAUCAGUGGCCUGUGUUUCAACCCAAUGAAGUCGAUCCUGGCCAGCGCCUCCUGGGACAAGACAGUCCGCCUGUGGGACAUGUAUGACAGCUGGAGGACCAAAGAGACGCUGGCCCUGACCUCUGAUGCUCUGGCCGUGACUUUCCGCCCUGAUGGGGCAGAGCUGGCUGUGGCCACGCUGAAUUCGCACAUCACCUUCUGGGACCCGGAGAACGCCGUGCAGAAGGGCUCCAUCGAAGGCAGGCAUGACCUCAAGACGGGCAGGAAGGAGCUGGACAAGAUCACCGCCAAGCACUCGGCCAAGGGCAAGGCCUUCACCACCCUCUGCUACUCGGCGGACGGCCAGAGCGUCCUGGCGGGAGGCAUGUCCAAGUUCGUGUGCAUCUACCACGUCAGGGAGCAGAUCCUCAUGAAGAAGUUUGAAAUCUCCAGCAACCUGUCCCUGGACGCCAUGGAGGAGUUUCUGAACCGGAGGAAGAUGACGGAGUUUGGCAACCUGGCACUCAUUGAUCAGGACGCUGGGGAGGAGGACGGCGUGGCAGUGCCCCUGCCCGGAGUGAGGAAAGGGGACAUGAGUUCUCGGCACUUCAAGCCUGAGAUCCGGGUGACUUCGCUCCGCUUCUCUCCGACCGGGCGCUGCUGGGCAGCCACCACCACUGAGGGCCUGCUCAUCUACUCCCUGGACUCGCAGAUACUAUUCGACCCCUUUGAGCUGGACACGAGCGUCACCCCAGGGCGCGUCCGUGAAGCCCUGCGCCAGUGUGAGUUCACCCGUGCCAUCCUCCUGGCCCUGCGGCUGAAUGAACACAAGCUGGUGCAGGAGGCCCUGGAAGCUGUGCCACGGGAUGAGAUUGAGGUGGUGGGCGCCUCGCUGCCCGAGCUGUACGUGGAGAAAGUUCUGGAGUUCCUGGCUGCGUCCAUGGAGACAUCCCACCACCUCGAGUUCUACCUGACGUGGACACAGAGGCUGCUCCUGCGGCAUGGGCACAAGCUCAAGGCCAGGGCAGGGACGCUGCUGCCCACCGUGCAGUUCCUGCAGAAGGCCCUCCAGCGGCACCGCGACGACCUCGCCAAGCUCUGUGACUGGAACCGCUACAACAUACAGUACGCCCUGGCGCUUUCCCAGCAGCGGGGCCUGAAGCGCAGCUUGGCGGCACUGGGCAGUGAGGACGAGGAGGAGGACCUGCACCUGCUGGCCGGAGCUGCUGGGGAGGCAGUGUAGGCCUCUCCCCAGGACCCCGCGGAGGGCCG